UCUAAUUCCAACCUCAAAGAUGCCACCAUAUGACUCUUCUCUCUCCCUUUCCUAUAUUUAAAUCGAAAAUGUCUCAGCAGAAGCAUUUAGACUUUGAAUUUCUCGUUCAUUAAACAGAGAGAGAGAGAGAGAGAGAGAGAGGGAGAGAGAGAGAGCCCAAUGGCUGGAUUGCAAAGAUCUGCAAUAUCAUUCAGGAGGCAAGGUUCAUCUGGAUUGGUAUGGGAAGAUCGGGUCCUUGCAGAAGACCCGAAUCAAACAAAGAAGAAAGAAGAAGAAGAAGGUGGGGGUGUAGAAUUCAGAGAAUUGAGGCCUUCUCAGAGCGUUGGAUCAUCUGGGAUCAGAGAACGUAGCUUGCCUGCAGCGACGACGAUGCAGAGAAGUCGAUCGGGUGGUGCUGGCCGCACGUGGCGGAGUUUGAAGGUGUCGCCUGCGAUCGAUCCUCCAUCUCCUAAGAUGUCUGGUUGUGGGUUCUGCGUGUUUGGGAAGUCAGCUGGAGGCGCAAAGCGGUCGAAGAAGACUUCACGGAAGCGCUAGCUUCGGUGUAAUAUUCGGAUGUGUGGUGGAAUGAUCGUCGGUGUAGAGUUUGUGUUUGGGGCGAUCAUUGGUGAAUUCGGUGAGAGUUUGAUGUUUGUUGCUUUAGUUUAAGAUCUUUUUGUUUUAAUUUAUACAUAUAUGUAUUGAAAUAUAAAAGUAGUAUGGAUGCUAGCUACAUCCGUUUUGGAUGAGUUGGGAGAUGGGAGUUCAUACAACAAAAGACAACAUGGAUUUCCUUU